ACAAGCUAAAAGUAAAACUAAAUCCUGCAGAAAUGAGAUUGUGUGCUGGGAGGUCAUCAUCGAUUCUGCAGCUUUUGAGGCGUUUAACAACCUCUGCAGAUGCUCCCAAAGCUCAGAGAGGGUUGCCAAAGAGAUGGCCUAUAGCAGGAGUGAAGCACAUCGUGGUGGUGGCCUCUGGGAAGGGUGGAGUAGGCAAGUCAACUGUGGCAGUUAACCUUGCUCUGGGGAUGUCUGCAAUCGAUAAAGUGAGUUCUUUUUUUGCUUCAAGUAGUAAUGUUUUGAAACACGCACAGUCGCUGUCAGUUGGUUUACUGGACGCUGAUGUCUACGGACCCUCAAUUCCUCGAAUGAUGAAUCUGAACGAUCAACCAGAACUCACGCAACAGGACAGGAUUCUACCUCUGGUUAACUAUGGAAUAAAAUGUAUGUCAAUGGGGUUUUUAGUGGAGGAGAAGUCGGCUAUUGUGUGGAGAGGACUUAUGGUGAUGUCAGCCAUUCAAAAAUUACUACGUCAAGUCGACUGGGGAAAACUAGAUGUUUUGGUGGUUGAUAUGCCCCCAGGCACUGGUGAUACACAGCUAUCCAUCACUCAGCAGGUGCCACUCUCUGGAGCUGUGAUAGUUACAACUCCUCAAGAUAUUGCUCUAUUAGACGCUAGAAGAGGAGCGGAAAUGUUCCGAAAAGUUAACGUACCGAUAUUGGGUGUGGUUCAGAACAUGAGUGCCUUCUCCUGCCCCAAGUGUGGUCACCGUACGUCCAUCUUUGGUGAGGAUGGUGCUCAGAGGAUGGCCGAGGAGCUGGAGUUAGAGCUACUGGGAGAUGUACCACUGCACUUGAGCAUCAGAGAGCUGUGUGAUCGAGGCCAACCGAUUGUGGCAGCCCAACCAGACAGCCCUCAAGCUGAGGAGUUCAAGAAAAUAGCCAAGAAAGUUUUGGACAAUUUACCUUCUGACGAUAAUUCUAAUUCUUAUCUUCCUAGAUAAUGUAUUUUUUAUUUUUUGUGUGUGCAGUUGUUUCCAAUUGACUGAUGUUAUUAUUGUUGCUGAGAAUAACAAA